AUGCCAAAGCCGAGCAAAAAAGGCCUCAAGGCGGCCCUCAUCUCUCAGCAGUCGCGGUUAAAGAAGAACCAAAAGGCAGAGCGUUCUCGCAAGGCUGCAGAACAGAAGAAUAUUUCCAUCGGGCGGCAGAAAGCAAAAGGGAAGGGCAAAGCGCAUCCGCCCAGGGUGACCGUGCCAUUCUCUCCGACGGAUAGGAUACUCCUUGUUGGGGAAGGGAAUUUCUCGUUCACGCGCGCUCUAGCACUCCAUACGCCUGUCACGUAUUCCGAACCAUCUAGCUCGUCGGAUCCGUUGAACUACCUACCCCCUGGCAAUAUAACAGCGACCGCGUAUGAUUCUGAAGAAGACUGUUACAACAAGUACACAGAUGCCAAGGAAAUCGUCGCUGGCUUACGACAAGCAGGUGUGGAGGUGCUAUUUGGGGUGGAUGCCACGAGGUUAGAAAAAGCUAGCAAACUCCGGGGUCGCCAAUAUGACAGGAUCGUAUGGAACUUCCCUCAUGCGGGCAGCGGGAUUUCUGAUCAAGAUAGAAACAUACUAUCAAAUCAGCUACUCAUCCUAGGAUUCUUGCGGUCAGCAUCCGCUUUCCUUCGUCCAGGACCUGUUCCCUUGAGCCCAACCGCUCGAAAGAAGCAGAAAACAAGCGAAGAUAGCGACGACGAAGGCGAUAUUGAACCUAUUGGGGAAGAAGGGACACAGCAACGUACCGCAGGGUAUAGAGGAACGUUGCUAAUCACGCUACGGAACGUAACGCCGUAUACCCUAUGGGAUGUGCCGAAAUUGGCCAAGCAUCCGCCUGCAUCAGCGCCAGACAACCCUCAAUAUACGCAAGUUCGCUCAUUCUUAUUUCAUAGGAGCGCCUGGAAGGGAUACGAACACCGUAUGACGAAGGGAGAACGGGCCAAUGGCGCCGGGACCACGGGGCAAGGUGGCGAGGACAGGACCUGGGAAUUCUGUCUUGCGGCAUAGCAGGGGUUGCCCGGUCCGUCUUCGUAUGCGCGGUGCGCGCGCCUUCCCUAGCUCGCGUUCAUUCACACCCCAGUGUAAUGGUGGGACAGGCGGCUCGUCCGAGCGUCAAGCUGACCUUCGUCCUCAUCGCAUUAACCAGUGACAGCAG